AUGGGCAAGAGUCUUAUCUUAGUUGGAGGAUAUACUUUUUCUAAACCAACCAAUGGCAACAACUGGGUGUGCUCUACGAAAAACCGUGCGUGCAAAGCGAAGCUGAAACUGGAUGACGCUGGCUAUAUAAUUAAAAUUUACAAUCAACACAGUCAUCCGCCCCGAAAAUUUAUAAAAACUACUACUGGAGAAUUCAUAAGAGUAUGA